AUGUUCCCUGGCAUAUUUGAUGACCUACUCAGGGUUGAAGACACAAGAAAGACGGCCAUCAUUGACCGCGAACUAAAGAGGCUCAACAUGGAUAUUGCUGGACUGCAGGAGACAAGACUCCCCUCAAACGGCAAACUCAAAGAACAGGAUUUUACCUUCUUUUGGCAGGGAAGAGAUCCAGAGGAACUUCGUCAGCAUGGUGUUGGCUUUGCAGUGAGAAACUCAUUACUCUCCUCAAUGGAACCACCAUCAGGAGGCACUGAGCGUAUCCUCUCUCUGCGCUUCUUGAGCCCAUCUGGCUCAGUACAUUUACUGAGCAUCUAUGCUCCCACUCUUUACAGCUCAGAGGAGACCAAUGACCAGUUCUACAAAGAUCUCAACUGUGUCAUUAGAAACAUACCAACCAACGAAAACAUCUACUUUCUAGGAGAUUCUAACGCUCGCGUGGGAUCUGACCAUGACUCGUGGCCCAUUUGUGUCGGACAUUUUGGUACUGGCAACAUGAACGACAAUGGUCAGAGACUCCUUGGAUUUUGCACAUACCAUAACCUGUGCAUCACCAACACAUCCUUUACCAACAAGCCAUCCCACAAGGCAUCUUGGAGACAUCCAAGAUCUCACCACUGGCAUCAGUUGGAUCUCAUCAUCACACGAAGAUCCUUUCUGAAUUCUGUCCAACUGACCCGUAGUUACCACAGCGCGGAUUGUGACACAGAUCAUUCACUAAUAAGAAGCAGGGUGAGGAUUCUGCCUAAAAAAGUCCAUCACUCCAAGAAAAUGGGCUGA